ACCCUCUACUUCACUUCACAGGUUCUUUGCUCUGCGUAUAUCCAUUUGACUUUUAUCUGUCUUUUCUUUUUUGUACAAAUUAAAUUCUGUAGAAAUCCGGUCAUAUAUAGGAGAGAGUGAGCGGGCAACAGAGAAAUAGAGUGACAAUGGUGAGGAUACUACCCAUGGCGUCGUCCAUUAGACCUUCGCUGUCUUCCUUCAGGUCUGCGGCUGCUGCAGGGCCUCCUUCUCGCUUCGCUGCGCCCUUCGCUUCGCCAUCCCACAAUUCUUGUCGGCCGCUCAGUUUAUUGCAUCUCGGCAGUGCAGUUCCACAAUCUCUGUCAUUUGGCCUUAAAGCAUCCAAGCUGUUAAGAGGAGAGGGAAGCAGCACUGCUGUUAGCGCUGCUGGGAAUAUAGCGCAAGCAAGCACUGCUGCUACUGAAGAAAAUGUCUUGGAGUGGGUUAAAAAGGACAAGAGAAGAUUGCUGCAUGUUGUUUAUCGUGUUGGGGACUUGGACAGGACAAUAAAAUUCUACACAGAGUGUUUAGGCAUGAAGUUGUUAAGGAAACGUGACAUACCUGAGGAGAGAUAUACAAAUGCCUUUCUUGGAUAUGGCCCAGAAGAUUCUCAUUUUGUUAUUGAACUCACUUACAACUAUGGAGUUGAUAAGUAUGAUAUUGGAGCUGGCUUUGGUCAUUUUGGCAUUGCAGUUGAGGAUGUUACAAAGACUGUAGAUCUGAUCAAAGCAAAGGGUGGUAAAGUUACAAGGGAACCAGGUCCUGUCAAAGGUGGCAAAACAAUUAUUGCAUUUAUUGAAGAUCCUGAUGGAUAUAAAUUUGAACUUUUGGAGAGGGGUCCUACUCCUGAGCCACUAUGCCAAGUAAUGCUCCGAGUUGGAGAUCUUGAACGUGCUAUAAAUUUUUAUGAGAAGGCUUAUGGCAUGGAGCUUCUUCGCACAAGAGAUAAUGCUGAAUAUAAGUAUACGGUAGCAAUGAUGGGCUAUGGUCCAGAGGAUAAAAGUGCAGUAAUUGAGUUGACAUAUAAUUAUGGGGUUUCCGAGUAUGACAAAGGAAAUGCAUAUGCACAGAUAGCCAUAGGAACGGAUGAUGUUUAUAAAACUGCAGAAGCAAUUAGGCUCAGUGGUGGAAAGAUUACCCGGGAACCUGGACCUUUGCCUGGUAUCAACACCAAGAUUACUGCUUGCCUGGAUCCUGAUGGUUGGAAGACAGUUUUUGUUGACAAUAUUGAUUUUCUUAAGGAACUGGAAUGAGGUUUGAUCUGGAAUCAACGAGACAAACUUGUAUAAUUGAUGAACCGCGUCUGAAGAGUAAUAAUGCUUCUACAACGACAGCCCCACAGUGGUUCCUAUAAUGGACCCUCACCAAAGAAUGUAUUAAAUUCCUUUUUGUAGAUGAAAUUAACAGAGAUUGUUGUAGUAACCAGCAUUAUUGUGACCUCACAAAAGCUGGAAAGUAGUGUAGAAAAGGCUGAGAUAUGGUUUUGUCCUUUGUAUCAGCAUGUCGUCCUUCUGCAAUUUAUUCAUGUAUCCUCUGUUCCUGAUCGAACUCUGUCAUCUGGGAUGGGCAUAGAACUAGCGAGGAGGUUUUCAAAGGCCUAUCCUCUAUUCUGCGAGGCCUAUGUAAAUUUUGUCACUGGUUGAAAUUUUCUUUGAGGAUGAGCAUUUCCAAGCUUUGCAGGGAGCUGUGAGUAACUGGGUUAA